CCUCCGCUGGCGGCGCCGCAUCGGGGCGGCCAUUUUGUGUCGCUGCGCGGUCGGUGGCGCUGGGCUCGGCGCGCAGCGGGGCCCGGGGCGGGUCGGCUCCGUUCUAACCCUUUUUCCCGUACAGAUCCCUCGGUUUAUUUUGACUCGUGCUUCUUGUAGGAAGAGACUUGUUUCAGGUAGAUUUCUUCUAUGAGUCAGAAGCCCAACUCCGGUUACUGCUGCAGUCGUACAACAGUGUUUGGAAUGCUUGCAGCCAGAUAAGGACCGAGUUUCUUCUUGGGGAAUAAAAUCAGCAGUGUUGAUAUUACAAAAUGACAAAACAUCCUCCGAAUAGAAGAGGGAUCAACUUUGAGGUGGGAGCCCAGUUGGAAGCCCGUGACAGAUUAAAAAACUGGUAUCCAGCUCACAUUGAAGAAAUUGAUUAUGAAGAAGGAAAAGUGCUUAUCCAUUUCAAACGCUGGAACCAUAGAUAUGAUGAAUGGUUUUGUUGGGACAGUCCUUACUUGCGUCCCUUAGAGAAAAUACAGUUAAGAAAAGAAGGAUUACAGGAGGAAGAAGGUUGUGCAGGAUUUCAUAUAAAUGAUCAGGUGUUGGCAUGCUGGUCUGAUUGUCGCUUCUAUCCAGCCAAAGUUACUUCUGUUAACAAAGAUGGUACAUACACUGUGAAGUUUUAUGAUGGUGUAGUCCAGACUGUCAAAAACAUUCAUGUCAAAGCUAUUUCCAAAGAUCAGAAUAUUGUGGGUAAUGCUAAGCCGAAGGAAAGAGGUAAUGAAAUUCCAUCAUCUCCUGAAAAGCAGGAGAAAUUUAAAGAACAGAGGAAAGCAACAGGUAAUGCAAAGAAAGACAAGGAUGAAAAGACAUUAAAGACUGAGAAAAGAGUUAAGCAACCUGAUAAAGAAGGAAAAUUGAUAGGCAUUUCAGAAAAAGGCAAGGUCUCGGAAAAGAAUAUAUCUAAGAAUGGAAAAGAAGAUAAGGAGAAUAUAUCAGAGAAUGAUAUGGAAUAUUCAAUAGAUACACAAAUUGAGAAGAAGCCAGAGAAUGACAGCAUAAAGAGUCCACAAGAAAACGUGAAAGAAACUAAACGAAAACGUGGAAGACCACCAGUAACUCCUCCAACGGAGCAAAGUUCUCAGACGCUGCAGCCCAUCACUUUGGAGUUAAGACGUCGGAAAAUACCUAAAGGAGGUGAAAUUCCACCAAAGCGCCCCAGGAUUGAAAAGAAUUUGUCUCAAGAUAAAUUGAAGAGCUCUUCAGGUAACCCUGAAAAAGACCAGAUCAGGAGACGAUCUUCAAGACUCUCGUCUGGUAUUAGCCAAGAGAUUUUAAAUACAGAUCAUGUCACAACUUCAACAGAAAUUCAGCCUUGGAAAGAUGCAGUAUCUGACCAAAAGGAGCCUGAGAAGGUCCAGUUAGAAAUUCCUGUUGAGUCUGACCAAAGUUUCAGUGAACAAGGAUCUCCUGGAAACACAUCACAUACCACAGCACCCAGCACAGAUGCCAGUUUACAGGAAGAGAAGGCUGGAGACACCGAGUCUUCCUCUGUAACUGUAACUCAAGAACCUUCUCCUGCUCCAGUAACAAAACCUUGUAGGAGAGCAGAUUUUCUUGCAUCAAAAAAACCUGCAACUCUUGAUCAAGAUCACAAGUUUAGAUGCAAGUUCUUGGACUGUUCAAAAUCCUUCCGCAAAGCCAAGUUAUUGCAUUAUCACAUGAAAUACUUUCAUGGAGUGGAGAAGGCUGCAGAAUCACAGCAGAACCCUGUAAAAAGAAAUAUUCAAACCAGAGCUUCUUUGGCUUCUGAAAAAGCUAAUCAAGAAAGGCCAAAAAGAGGACGGAGCACGGCUGGUUCAUUGUCUGUCAAAGAACAUGAGAAGAGCAAAGAAAGGAAAUCCAAAGACUAUGGAAGGUCCAAGUCAAAGAAAAAGAAAAAAAAGAGAAAGAGAACUAAGCCUGACUACUCUGGCAGCGAGGAAAACACGGAUGUUUCACAGGAGCUUUCUCCUGAAAAAUCAGGUGUCACCAAAUCUGUUCCUUCCAAUAAAUCAUCUGCCCAUACAAGCACAGUGCUGCACUGCUCUGGGUCCGGGCAGCACAGAGGAAGAUCAAAAAGAAACGAGGAUGACACCCUGAGUGAGUCAUCUCUGGAGAGCUUGCUGUGGAGCGACGAUGACUGCAGUCAGGACGUUGAUGUCACCACGAAUCCUGAUGAAGAAGUUGAAGAAAGCGAUUCUGAGAUUGUUCGCUGUGUUUGUGAAGUAAAAGAAGAAAAUGACUUCAUGAUUCAGUGUGAAGAGUGUCUGUGCUGGCAGCAUGGAGUCUGUAUGGGUUUACUGGAAGAUAAUAUACCUGAGAAAUAUACCUGCUAUAUUUGCCAAGAUCCUCCAGGUCAGAGGUCCAGCUUAAAGUACUGGUAUGAGAAGGAGUGGUUAAGUAAUGGUCACAUGCAUGGCUUAGCGUUUUUGGAAGAAAACUAUUCCCACCAGAAUGCCAAGAAGAUUGUAGCCACUCACCAGCUUCUUGGCGAUGUACAGAGAGUGAUAGAAGUACUGCAUGGACUGCAGCUGAAGAUGAGCAUAUUACAAAAUAAAGAGCAUCCUGACCUGAAGCUUUGGUGUCAUCCGUGGAAGCACAUCACGGUGGAUGAGAAGAUUCAUACAAAACACAUCAUUCACAUUGAGGAAAACUGCUGCAAAGAGGAGACAGCAAGUUAUAGAACUUGGAAUGGGACAGUUGAGAAACCCUCAACCAUUCCUUCUGUGGAGGAAUCGUACAUUACAAGUGAACACUGUUACCAGAAGCCUCGAGCCUAUUACCCUGCGAUAGAGCAGAGGCUGGUUGUGGAAACAAGAGGUUCAGCCAUGGAUGAUGGAGUAAAUAGAAUACGGGAAAACGGGGACGAUGCCCUGUCAGAGAGGUUUGGCUGGAAUCUGGACCGAGAAAUAUGCAAGAUGGAGAAUGAAUCCAAACACAAUUACUCUAAGGUAAGAGAGUCUGUCUCUAAGAAAGGCUCUCCAGAGGAAGCAAUUGAAAUGAAAUUGCUGGAAAAAGACAAAGAAGGAGUUGUGAACUCGCAGCUGCAGUGGCAGCUGAAUCUUUUAGCUCACGUGGAAUCUCUGCAAGAUGAAGUCAUCCACAGGAUGGAUUUCAUUGAGAAGGAGCUAGAUGUUUUGGAGAGCUGGCUGGAUUACACAGGCGAGCUGGAACCACCAGAACCACUGGCUCGACUCCCUCAGCUCAAACGUUGCAUAAAGCAGCUUAUAACGGACCUAGGCAAAGUGCAACAGAUUGCACUCUGCUGCUCAACAUGAGACUAGAAGAUGUUGGAGACUGUUACUGAGUGCGAAGUUGGAGCAUCUGAUGUGAACAGCUCUGUAUAUUUAAAUGAAAUGAGCAUGCUGGUUGCAUGAGAUGCAGAUUGACUUCAGGGAUUUGUGAAGAAGCGCUGUUCAAAGAACAGCUAAAAGGUUAUUUCGGGUGUAUUUGGCCAUUGUAACGAUACCGAAGAGGUCAUGCUGUUGUCUUCAGAGGUUGGGUGUUGGUAAAUUACACUUAAAUUCUCACUCCUUUACAAGUUGCUCAGUUAAACGGUAGACUUUUUCAUCCUUAAAUUGACUAAAAAUUGUGCCACUGAAGAACAGAGUUCUAAGAGCCAAAAAUGUUUAGUUGACAGAGGUUGUAAAUAACUUUGCAUAGUUUAAGUGACUUGUGUCAUGUUUUAUUCCUUCUGGUUUAUGCAUAAUAGCACACAGUAUUUAAUCAUUAGGAAAUGUUAUAACAGUUUUCAGACUUAGUAGGUAUGAAUGUCCAGCUCUUAACUGUCACGUGUUACAUGGAGGUUUGCAGGUAACAGUGGCCUAACCCCCACUUCUAUUACGUUAAAUAAUGUAGCAGAAGGUCACAGGUGGAUUGCACUCACUUUCAGAAUAAAUGAUUGUUUUCCAUAUUUAUCCUGUCACUAUCACAUGACUUGGUACUGGGGAGACACCCCUUAACGUUGUGUGGAUGUGCAUUCUUGAGCUCUUAACCAUGGCCACGCUGUGCCUCCUGAAGCAGUGACACCCUGGUUGUGGCAGUGGGAAAUGCCGCCCCGGAUAGAUGCGCUCGGCAUCCCAGACUUCGCAAGGUCUGUGGUGGAUGUUGUGUCGUUUUCUAGCCAUGUGUUAAUAAUUGCCAUUCCGGUUCUGUUUUGAAAUGUCGACUUCUUUUCAGUCCUCUGAACGUGUCCAUUGUAAGGACUCUACUCUGAAUGUGUGGUUUUGGGAAUCAGUUUUAUAUUGUGUAAAUAAAGCCUCGAGAUCUAUGCAUGAGGUACUGGCCUCGCAGGCAGUGAGUGGGUUAUUACCUUACACAGUGUAUGUUCACCAAGUCCCUUUUUAUACCUUAAGUUUGAAUUUUCUGGCUUGUGUUCCUUUGUGAGAGCAAGGUGAAAAUGCUGCUUCUGGUCCGGUCGCGUUAUCCCUAUGAAACGGUGGUGUGUUGUAAGUAUUGGAAAUGUCUUUCAGCUGCAGAUCAUAGCUCCAUAAAUACCGGCUGUGACUUUAGUUUCCCUUCCCAAACGUUGCUGAGAAGUUCAGUGUGGAGUGUGGGAAAGCUGUUUCUGCAGAGAGAGGGUGUCCUUAAAGAGCUGGAUUUGUUACCUUGAUCUUGUGUGUGGUGGUACCACCAAAGGGGAAAGCUCAAACACAGUUGUAAUUGAAAGGCCCAUAACUGUAGGAAUUACUAAUUUUGGACAUGAAUCUGUAAUGUUUGUAUACAGCAAAUAAUGUAAGCGUGAAAUAUCCACUAUUAUUGUAGGAGAUAAGGGUAUCUACCCAGUGAAUAUUUUAUUUCCUUUAGAAAUCAAAAUAAUUAGGCUACUCUAGGUAGUAACUGAGGCUUUGGUGCCAAGAUUCAUUUGAGGGGAUAAUUUGUGUCGCGGUUUUAUAGUCCUAGUUGGUCUAUAGUGAAUACAACACAUAUACAGCAGAAAAAUAGUUAUUUUUCUGUAACACAAUUGAAAUAAAGCUUACCUGAUAUUUAAGUAUCACUUUGCUCCCCGAAGAUGAGCCCAGUGCUUACACCUUGUCUCCUUCCUGUGACUGAUACCUGGAUUCGUGUGUACUGUGUAGCUCUAGAACAGGCGGCAGUAACAGGACAACCAGGACAGCAUCAGAAGGAGCACACCAGACACGGUGAAGGUUUUGGGGUGUUUUCAGGUGAGGUGGGCCAGGAGGGUGUUCCCUGGUUGAAAUGAAAGCAAGCACUUCCACCGGGCAUCUCGCAGAGCGUAGCUGUGGUGUUAACACAUCAGCUGUGCUUAGAGGGCACAAAAGCAGUUCAAUCCCUGAGCAGACUUUUCACUCCAGAGCAGAACUUCUCCUUCCCAAGCCAUCGCUUUUUGUGUGUCCAUUGUAGGCUUUUACUUUGCCAGUUUCUUUUUGCUCAGGGCAGGACCUAAGAUUUGGAAGAAGAGGUGGUUCUGAUGGGGGUAUCAGCUGGCAAAUACUGGAGACUUGGUGGGUAGAGCUGGGGGAGCCCUUGUAGCUAAAGACUGAAACUAUUUAUUUAAACUAGAAUAGCUUUCCUCAUGUUCAGGAAAGAUGCUUUAUUGUGCUCUGCCUGGAUUCAUUUUUGUCCCUGUUCUUGCAAGUUUCCACAUUGGUGUUUCUUAGUCUGGACCCACGGUUUGGUCUGGCAGGUCACUUUUUAUUUAAAUCACUGGUAAGUGAAUGCAACGUGGAGCCUUGAUGAAAUGAGCAAACAUUGCACUGUGGAUACAUGAAUAUAUUUGUCUUUGUUUAUGCACUAUUAGAACCGAGGGCGCUGUACAUAGAACUUUGCUUUGGAGCAAUAUUUGCGAAACUUGAAAACUUCUGUAUCUUGGUGUUUGGAAUAAAUAAAUAGGUUUUUGUUGGUUAA